AUGAAGGAGAUCCUGAUUACAUUAUGUCUACUGCACCAGCUUUCACCUGGAGCUGCGGACCAUUGUUCUUGGUUUGUUGACACUGUUAAAUGGGAUGAACCCUUGCAGAAAUCAACAACAGUUGGAAAUACUAUUGAAAGUAUAAACACAACAAGUAAAAUCUUAGGCAUUGACAUUCCCAAUCUACUGAUUUAUCCACCUAAGGAAGGAUAUCAUAGCUACCCUUAUUUCCUGAGAGCAAAAAUAGCUUGUAAUCAUUUGGAGAUUUCUCAAGAGCAUGGUCGCAGCCUUGCCCUGUCUGGUGUGCGACCUGUGUUUAUACUACGCAUCAAACGUGAUGAUGAUACCACCUGCUCUGUUGUAAGCCAGCUCAGGAUGGAAGGCAUACUCAUUGAUAAGGCCAAUGGAACAGAUGUAAAUUGUUCCAGCACGAUCUGUUCCCCAGUAUGGCUUGCACCCCUUCCUGUUGGACCUAACAUGCUGUUGAUGCCAGUCAUCGUUGAUGUGGAGGGUUUAGGUUGUGAAUGGUCAAGUGCAAGGCACGUCAUCCACUUGGACAGCUUUGUCACAUCAUCACCUUCAGAGCCUGGCUCCCUAAUCAACGCCCUUGGUGAGAAAGCAGACUUCAAUGAACUAGAAGACGUCCUAUCUGAAACGAAGGCCUACCCCAACAAGUUUAUCCUGGAGCUGUCUCCGGUAGAAGUGAUCAGUGGUUUCGGAAAUAACCUGAUGCUCUAUAGCAGUGAUGAUUUCUUGAAUAUAACAUUACUUAGAUUACAACCACUCAAUAGAUCACCUGUGUGUCCAUCUUCUCACUUUACCUCACCUGAUGAGAUUUUCGACACUGUUACCCUCUCUGAUAGCGUCCUAAUAAGUACAACGGUUGGUGUGAUACAAGAGAUGGGAAAGUUCAAGUCUGUGGAGAUGGGGCCCAAGUUGGUGUUCAACAAAAGCUGUGUAAAGGAGAUCAUUAUACCGAAACAGCACAUCCCCAAAGUCCACUACGUCUUCCUUAGGACCACUGACCAUAAGGUGUAUAUGAAGGAUCAAGUGUCGGACCUCAGCGGGUUGUGCUUGUCUUUCUCCGAGGUCAAUGACACAGGUCGAGGAGUGUGUGACAUCACUAACGACACCUACUGCCAAGUCGUCUCACUAGAUGUCCUCCCGACAGGCCUUGUCAAUGGUCUGAUAUUGUUGGAGACGGGCGACACGCCGGAUCUCACUGACUAUAAACUGCUACAUUUUAGAGAUGGUAACAUCACAUUGCUUUACACCAUCCCCAAAGACGUGAUGAUCAACCCAGCUCAUGCUAACCAUGUUCUAUUGGAAGAAUCGAAACUGGUCAAUUCAGAGCAAGAGGCGAUCUCGAAGAUGGUGAACAUCCAGGGAAUAUCCACCACAGCACACAUAUCAAUUGAGAUCUAUCUCUGGGGGAGUCAUCUUGUUCAAAGCUUUGACGGCGGGAAUGCGUUCAUCUUGAUGAGUGGCUAUAACAGUGAUGGUAACAUUACACUCUUCACAUCAUCACUUGAUGGUCACUUUGUCCUUCUCAAUGACAAACAGGAGGAGGUGAGUAGUCCAGCCUUGCCUUUCUCUCUGUCCUUCUCAACACAGGAGGAGGAGGAGGAGGAGGAGAUUUGGAUUGGUUUAACGGCCAGUUGGUUCAUCACACGGAUUUACCCGUCGAUCUCCUGGUCCGCGUAUAUGUUGACAAAUAGAAUUGACCUGUCCAACAAGGAGAUCAAGACGCUGUCUUUAUUCUUUGACUCUAAUAACGAAGUCAGUCAGCUGCUUGGUUACACAGAUGAUGAGGGCAAUGUCCAAGUCAAGCACAUGAAGAUUCCUGCUGUCGAGAUACUGAGUAACAUCAUCUUCGAGGACGUGAUUCAUAAAGACCCAAGAAAAUUGCAGAACGAGAUUGCAGCUGAAUCAGCAGACUACAGCCACUUCUCCGAGGAGAAUGCUUGUCCAUUUCAUAGUAUACUGUUUACAAUGCCUCACAGUAUCAUGGGAUUCACUGCAAAAGAGGUGUUCCUAUUUGGUCCUCCUCGUCAGUUCCACGGAUACGGCCAGAGUGACAACGCACUGAAGGGCACACUCGUGCACCAGGCCGCCGUACACCUACUCCUCACGAAGGAGCAUGCCCAGGACAGGAUGUAUCUGGACGACUUCAACAGUCACACAGCCAAGUGGAAGGCUGAAAUAGAGAAAGACAAAGGGCAGGAGGCUGAUACUGACUUUAAGUUCACCAAUGGUUUGCUGAAGGACGGCAUUCAUCUACACAUCGAAGAAUACAUGAAGGAGUUUGUGCCACAAAACGAUGUGUUGAUCCAUUUGCCAGAGUUGAUCUACCUCGACAAGAAUGUGACGUUUCAUUUUACUAUAGAAGUCCAUCUCUCAUCAGAUGAACACAUCAUGGAACACGAAAGUGGGGUUCACAGUGUCGAGGACUCGCAGAUCUCAGUCAAGAUUGCUAAUUCGAGUUUACUGACAGUCAGUAACAAUCGGCAAGAACACCAUCAAACAGAAAUGGUUGUGUUUGAAUAUGACAUCGCUGCCUCAGAUACUCUGAGUAUACAGAGUCUACCGGGGAGGGAUCUUCUGACGUCUUGUGUUAACUUCCAUGUUGAGGAUUCACUCCUGAAAUGUGUGCAACAGGAAAGCAGUGGAAGAGAAGUUGGGUUUCAGGUAGGUGUUGACAAAGAUAUCUUGACUUGUGACCUGACAGCAUCUCGAGAAUCGUGGCCGCCAUCCUGA